GUUACUAAGUUAUAAAAUACACAACAUCGUGGUUAAGCGGUUUCGGUUCUUAUUAAUAAGAUUCGAACAGAAAGUAUUAAAAUAUGACAGAAGAAGAUAAAGAAGGCUCACCUCCUGUUCCAAAAAUAGAGGUUAAUGAUGACCAAAGAGAAGAAAUUGAUAAAAAAUCAGAGGUGGGGAGUCAAAUCGGAAACAACCUGGACGAUGAUGAUGAAGUUAAAGAAGCCGAGGGCGACGAAGACGAAGAGGGCGAAGGUGUAGAAAAAGGCGAAGAUGAAGGUACCGAAGGUGAACCCGACGAACUUUCAGAAGAAGCCACAGCUCUAAAACACGAGCUACAAAAAAUAAUAGUUGCUCCUCCCAUGAAUCCAAAAAUAAUGGAAGAUGACGAAAUUGUAGAUCCAGAAAAAUAUCCAGAGAGCUAUAGAGUUAACACCAACAAGGAAAAGUUGUGCUUACUGUAUGCUGCAAGUUAUACCAGACAAUAUGCUCAGAUGUAUGCCAAGAGAAAACCCUUACUAUUAAAGCCUAUAAACGAAUGCGGUGUUGAAAAAUUAGUUUGUACAACGAUAAAACCAACUCUUCUUCCGUAUAAACCAUUAUACGACUGGAAAGGAGCGGCAGAAUUCGUUGCAGACUAUCUUGAUUUUGUAACUCUUGAUCCGGAACACGAACCGCCGAAGCGUUUGCGUUCUCCAACAACUAUUUUAGAAUUUCAGAGGGCUAAUUGCUUUGAGUAUUCAACACUGUUGGUAUCCUUCCUGAUAGCUGCAGGCUAUGACGCUUAUGUUGUAAGCGGUUAUGCAACUAGGGAAAUUUGUAUUAUGGAUGAAACUAGAGAGGUUUGUCCUUUAUUAAGUAAGAAAAGGGAAGCAUCGAAAAAAGAAGAAAGACCGCCUAUGAAGCGUUAUCAAGUCAGACCUCCGAAAGAUCUCCAAUCAAAGUUUGAAAUAAAAAUGAAAAAACGUAGCGACGAAGCAAAGGAAAAAGAAAGAAGGAAAAAGUUAGAAGAGGAAGAAGAAAAAGAUAUCGAAGCUCACAAACCUCUUCCAGACCCUUUAUUUGGUACUCGUGUUCAUUCAUGGGUCCUUAUUUUAGCGGGAAAAAGGGGGGUAGAAGAGAAUUUUUUUAUUGAACCAUUUACUGGUCUACCUAAAGCUGUCGACGAUCCAGAAUAUCUAGGCAUUGAAAGUAUUUGGAAUAAUAAGAACUUUUGGGCAAAUAUGCAAUCUUGCGAAGAUGGCUUAAAGGGCAUACAAUACGAUCUAGGAGAUAUUAGCUCAUGGGAAUAUAUGUUUCCCUCUAAUGAAAAACCGGAACUAAAGUUACCGGAUGACGAAUAUGCUGCAGAUAAUCUAGAAAUAGAAGAAGAGGAAGAGAAAGAUAUAGAAAAACAUUUAGAUAUACCAAAGUCUUGGGUCAAGACGAUAACUUUAUCUUUAAGAGAUUUUCAAACACGGUGUCCAUCUGGAAAAAAGACAAAAUUAUACAAAAGAGCUAAGUUAGAAAGAUUUGCUCCAUACUUAAUGGAUGAUGGUAUUGUAAGCAGACUAUCUUCGUUUUCUGAUAGAGAGCUCAUUGACUUGGAGGAAUCAAAGGAGGUAUACGAGCACAGAGCGGAUAAACUCUUAACAAGAGACCGGAAUCAUAAGACGAAUUGGAUUACAGAAAACUUUUCACCCGGAAGACCAAAGCAUUUAAAAAAGCACAUCUAUAAAGCCACAGAAUCGGGUCCGGAGAGCGAAAGGACAAUGAUUUUCUUUCAUCACGCCAGAGUUAAUGGCCUUGAACGUCGUUUAGAAACUCCUACAGAAAUGACAGAACACUUUAAAGAUAGAGAAGACUUUCUCUUCUAUCGUCAUGUACUUUUUGCGCAACGUACAAAAACUUUUGGACCUGCCAGUAGUGGAACAUCACCAAGAACAAUAUUAAGAAUCGUUGAACAUUACCAUAGGAACGAGAAAGUUCCCGCUGAUGAAGAUAUAUCUGUUUUGACAUUUAACUGCGCCGACAAGAAAAUUUCGAUAACUUAUCAUACAUGCGACGAGAAGAUAUCUGCUUCUACACGUGAAUUUACAAAACCAGAUAACUGGGAUGAUAAGACGGCACCUUUGAUCUUUCAUGAAGCAGAGAUGCAUAGCACAUUCCAGGUGAAUCCUCAUGAUAGAAAGAAAAAACAGGUUGAACUCUACCAAUUGCUUGAGGACCUACUAAAAAGGGAAGAAAAAUCUAAGGAGAGCGUUCGAGCUUCGGAAAAAGAGGUUAGAGAUAUUCUUGAAGUUAGACAACAAGAAGACUUCAAGGUCAACUUAGAUGUUUCUGUAUACGACGUACAAAGAAACGAUAAAGCGAAGAAACUACGAGAAGAAUUGGAGAGACGCGCUGCGGAGGAAAAACUUCGGCAAGAGGAAAUGGAAGUAGACUACUUAGCGCCGUUCCUCUCUCUUCUUGAUGAUCCAAAUAAUAUUCAAUAUAGUGAUGCUCUGAAAUUAAGCGAGGAAUGCUUAAGAGACCUAAAACAUAGAUUAAUCGACAAAGCAAAUCUUAUUCAAGCCAGAUUCGAAAAAGAAACUGCCGAGCUGCAAGAAAAACAACAAUGGUAUCAAAGGAAUCAAGUUCAAAUGCAAAAAGACGAUGUUAAUAGCUAUUUAGCCUAUUGUAGCGAGGCCAUGUUUAAAAUACAUAUAUUACAAUUAAGAUUGGAUAGACAUAAGGAACAAGCACCGGCGAAAUAUAUGGAAUUGCAGAGGAGAUUAACCAACGAUGCUAGAUUAAGAGAUCAUUUAAAAGGAAGUGCCCUAUAA